UAAUUGAUGGCUGUGGAUUCAUAUUCUAAAUUUCUGUUAGUAAGCAGUAGUAUGUAAAUUUAAUAGUAUCAAAGUGAUGCUUACAAAUGAAUCUUCACUUAGCAAAUAAAAACAAAAAAACGACACUCACCGUUAGAUUUCUGUGAAAAAACGCAUUGAUUCAUGAAACUGAAUAAAACAGAUGUUAGAUGGCAGUAUAACAAUGACAUUACCACCUGCAUUGCAGUGGCACCUAAAGCCCAAGUCUUGGGCCAGGGCCCCAUUGUGCUAGACACUGUACAAACAGAAUAAAAAAAGAUGGUCUUUGCCCCCGAGAGUUUACAGUGUAAGUAAAUUAUACAUUACUAUAAAUCUUUAAUAGUACAUUCUGAUUUUAUGACAGCUAAAAGUUGAUAACAUUAUCAGUUCAGAUCAUUGGGAAUUUCACUCUGGACAUUCAAAGUUCUGCAUGAAAGAUGUCAAGCUCCUUCAAAAGAACCCUGCUCCUGCGAUUUUCCAAGAGUAGGAGUGCCAAACCCAGAAGACUGGCUUCUGAAAUGGGUCUGCUACAGUCUGCCGCAUCUUUGCUUACCUAAACUACCAUGUUCCCCGGACAAGACGGGAGAUCCUGGAGACCCUUAUCAAAGGGCUUCAGAGAUUGGAGUACAGAGGGUAUGAUUCUGCAGGUGUGGGAAUCGAUGGAGGAAAUGAUAAAGACUGGGAGGCUAAUGCCGGCAAAAUCCAACUGAUCAAAAAGAAAGGGAAAGUGAAGGCUCUGGAUGAAGAGAUUAACAAACAACAGGAUAUGGACCUGGACAUCGAGUUUGAUGUACAUCUUGGCAUUGCACAUACGCGAUGGGCUACCCAUGGUGAGCCCAGUCCCGUCAAUAGCCACCCGCAGCGCUCAGAUAAAAACAAUGAAUUUAUUGUUAUCCACAAUGGCAUAAUAACCAACUACAAAGAUCUGAGAAAAUUUUUGGAAAGCAAAGGGUAUGAUUUUGAGUCUGAGACCGACACAGAAACCAUUGCCAAGCUUGUCAAGUACAUGUACGACAACCGCGAAAGUGAUGACAUUAGUUUCACCACCUUGGUGGAGAGGGUUAUCCAGCAACUGGAAGGUGCUUUUGCCCUUGUGUUUAAAAGUGUCCAUUACCAUGGUCAAGCAGUUGGCACCAGACGAGGAAGCCCCCUGCUGAUUGGAGUUCGAAGUGAACACAAGCUCUCCACUGACCACAUUCCAAUCCUGUACAGAACAGGUAAAGACAAGAAAGGAAGCUGCAGCCUCUCCCGUAUCGACAGCACCACCUGUCUUUUCCCUGUUGAGGAGAAAGCUGUGGAGUACUACUUCGCUUCUGAUGCGAGUGCUGUCAUUGAGCACACCAACAGAGUGAUUUUCCUUGAAGACGAUGACGUAGCAGCUGUGGUGGACGGUCGUCUUUCUAUCCACCGGAUCAAACGCACAGCAGGCGACCACCCUGGGCGUGCAGUCCAGACCCUGCAGAUGGAACUUCAGCAGAUCAUGAAGGGUAACUUCAGUUCAUUUAUGCAGAAGGAAAUUUUUGAGCAACCAGAAUCUGUUGUUAACACAAUGAGAGGAAGAGUCAACUUUGAUGACUACACUGUGAAUCUGGGCGGGUUGAAGGAUCACAUCAAGGAGAUUCAGCGGUGUCGACGUUUAAUCCUGAUUGCUUGUGGGACAAGUUACCACGCAGGAGUUGCGACGCGUCAAGUGCUAGAAGAAUUGACUGAAUUGCCUGUUAUGGUUGAACUAGCCAGUGACUUUUUGGACAGAAACACUCCAGUCUUCAGAGAUGAUGUCUGCUUUUUUAUCAGCCAGUCAGGCGAGACAGCAGAUACUUUGAUGGGUCUUCGGUACUGUAAGGAAAGAGGAGCCCUCACUGUAGGAAUAACUAAUACCGUGGGCAGCUCCAUAUCCAGGGAGACAGACUGUGGUGUCCAUAUCAACGCAGGACCAGAGAUUGGUGUGGCCAGCACGAAGGCCUACACUAGCCAGUUUGUUUCUCUGGUGAUGUUUGCCCUCAUGAUGUGUGAUGAUAGGAUUUCUAUGCAAGAAAGACGCAAAGAAAUCAUGCGUGGUCUAAAGGUCCUACCAGACUUGAUUAAAGAAGUGCUGAGCAUGGAUGAUGAGAUCCAGAAACUGGCCACGGAGCUUUACCAUCAGAAGUCGGUCUUGAUUAUGGGACGUGGCUAUCACUAUGCUACAUGUCUGGAGGGAGCUUUGAAAAUAAAAGAAAUCACAUACAUGCACUCCGAAGGCAUAAUGGCUGGUGAGCUGAAGCAUGGUCCCCUUGCCCUGGUAGACAAAUUGAUGCCUGUUAUCAUGAUCAUCAUGAGGGACCAUACCUAUGCUAAGUGCCAGAAUGCUCUCCAACAGGUUAUAGCACGGCAGGGGCGACCGGUAGUGAUUUGUGAUAAGGAAGACACAGAGACAAUAAAUAAUAAUAAGAGGACAAUCAAAGUUCCUCAUUCUGUGGACUGUCUGCAGGGAAUCCUGAGUGUCAUCCCUUUACAGCUUCUGGCUUUCCAUCUUGCAGUUCUCAGAGGAUAUGAUGUUGAUUUCCCAAGAAAUCUGGCCAAAUCUGUAACUGUAGAGUAAAAGCGCACCUGAAUCUUAGGGGUAUGGGGAAGUAAAUGGAGAGACUUUUUGGGUACCAAAAUACCUUGAUUUUAAAGUCCCCUAGAUCAAAUCAUCUUUUGUGUAUAAUAUCACCAUAAUUGUUACAUUAGUGAUUGUCAAAUUGAUUCCAUAUGCCCUGUCAAUAGCUUUGUUUUGUUGAAAGGUGCUCGCUAGGAGACUUGGUAAUCGUUUGAGGGGCGAGAUAAUUUAGAUAUAAAUGAACCUCCCUGAUCUAUGCAGGUACUUUAGUCAAUUGUACGUGCCACCAACUGACAUGGAAAUUAGAGCUGUAAUAGGCCAUAAAUGAGCACACAGACACGAUGGUUUAGAAGAGAUUGUGCCCUGUUUACAUAAAAAGAUUUAAGGAGAGAUUCUGAUUAAUCACUGGAUUUCCCUUUAUGUAAUUUGGUUAGCGUGCCUAAAAUUAGCCUCGGAAAGAAUCUGGUCUAUGGCAAAUGCCUAGCAACUGACAAUCCUGCAGAGACAGUGGGCCAGAAUCUGCUGUCAAACAACAGAACUCCAGAGUUGUUGGAGCUCAUUCUAAAUGAGAGCAGCAGCUGACCCAAUAUUGGAAGCAUGUAAUAUUCGCAAACAAUAUCAUCCCCUUGUUGUGUGGGAAGAAGGAGAAAUUUAUUGCUCCCACAUGACCAUUGCAACACUAAAGAGAAUUCCAAUUUAGGUGCUGGGUUUAUUUUACUGCUGCUGUUAGCAAGUAUGAUUUGGAACACGUACAAGAAACUUGCUCUCAGAACAGGAUCCUUGUAUGUGCACAAAAAGUUAGUCUGGGCUUGCUACACUUGACAGUGUUUGUCAGGAGAGUUGCAGGGAACGAAUGCAUGGCUUUCAUUUUCAUGGCUGCUGUUACUUAGUGCUAGUGACAGCAAAUAGUUUCAGGGGCAUAUAUGGUUUGGGUUUGAGAAAUAGACCAGGAAAAUUAACAAAGCUUCAUUCACAGGACUACGAACAAUAUUUUAAGUAGCUUGCAUUGGAUUAAAAGCAGAAAUAGCAAAGGUACCCUGAACUUCAACAAAAGGAUGAAUGUCAUUGGUGGGUUUGAAGUAAACAGCCAGAGUUUAUACCCAAGGCGCAUAAAAGAACAUAGGACUGUAAGACUUAAAGUGAAGCCUGUAGCUUAUUAAUGGAACAUGAAGGUCAUGCCGCCAUAUUUAGGGAUUUUCUUCUUCACCAGAUGUAAUAUUUUGACCUUGUAGAAGUCUGCUUUACCAGAGGGCCUGUCGAACACGGCUCUGAGUAUGCUGUAGUCAAUUGCUCAUACAGGUUCAAAGGACCGUAGCUAUAGCAGUGCCAUCUCCCAUUCUUAAAAUUGAUAUGAACUGAAGUCAAUAAUGUAAACUUCCUGCAUUUUUGUAUCUUAUUCAUAGAUCUGUUCCCUGCUUAGUUUUACUGUCUUAGCAAGAGCUUGAUUUUUCUUUACAUGACAGACUUGAGUACAGCUAUUAAUGCAUUGUAUGGGGGCCACGAUUCGUGCUGAGCUAUUAAUUUGUAUUUAGGAAUGAAGUAGUAACGGUAGCAAUUUAAUGCCUACACUAUUACAAUAGAUGCUAAUUUCAUUAGACACCUCAGCCUGAACUGACAAUUGAGACUUCCCCACAAUGAUUUACUAACAAGCAACGUUUUUUAUAUAGCCCAGCACUACAUGUUAGCUAAAGACAGUUUAAUCUUAACCUUCCUCAGCUUAUGUUAGUUUCAUUUUUAAAAGGGAGGGAGGGAGCUGCUGUUAAACUUGGAAGGGCUGAAGUCAAGGGGAGAAUGUGCUGUGAUUCUAAUGUAAGGAAGUGAGACCCUUAAAGGGGGAAGCAUUCCGAGGUACCCAUAGAUUUCCGGGAGAGGAAUUGAUUUGGAGAUCUCUUUUUCCCUAAUUAACUUGGAAGACGAGCUAGAAGUGCUAGUCUAGGUUUGUACAGAUGGGAUUUUAUUUCAGAAGUAAGAUUGCUACAUGGUACAAAUCUGAUUGAGAACAUCAAGUGCAGCUAUUUUCUUUUCGUAAAGGACCAAAGAAACAGGAUACUAAAUUAAAGAGCUGUAGGUCUGAUAGUUUCUACAAAGCUGUUUUACCUUGCAAUAUUUAUAAAAUCUCAGUCACGCAUUUACUUUGAUAGGAUGGACAGCCCCAAAGACUUUACAAAAUCAAGCUCGAUUGCUUACUAAUGAAAAUUGCAGAGGAAGAGAUUAAACCAGGGAACUACAUUAAGGUCCAAAACUCAGCCUGCUAAAAUUGAAAUGUAUGUGACUAGAGUAUCAGAUAUUGCAAUGCAUAAAAAGAAUGUUCUAGAACACACUCACUGUGAAGAAUUUUUUUUGAAUGAUUAUGGUAGGAUAUCCUUAAAGCAUCUCAUUUUUGCCAAUUGCCAUGCCAGCGUAUACAGGAUUUUCUUAUCUCCCCCUCCUGCUGCUACAUGGAAGUUUUAGAAUGUCUUGUGCUCUCUGAAAUGAAUGUUUAGAUUACUGAGCCAGUAACAUUAAUUCCUUCCUAACUGAUGUAUUUAAAAAAAUUCAUUAGCCCUCUCCUUAAUCAAAUGCAUCGGCUCACACUUGUCUGAAAAGAAUUUUUAGUCAGAAUGUAGCAUAUGUUCACUUUUGUUUUAGUGCAUAAAGAGUUCAACAAUAACUCCUGCUGCUAUUCCAAGAGAAGACAUUGAAGGUUUCCUACCAAUUAUUUAACAAAUCCAGAGUAUUUUUAAACUUACUGAAAUAUAGAACUAGACAAUUUUUCAGACAAAGAACUCUGCUCUUCUCAUGCAAGUUCACUCCUGGAACUUGAUACCAGGGUAUACAGUAGCAGAAGCACGGUCACGACUGGAAAAAGUUUAAGCCAUUCAAUCCUGCUAAUCCGCACUGCCCGUUGUUAGAGUAUUGCAUAAAAGACUGCAAGAGGAGGCAGUGUGUGUGUUUAAAAUCUUGCCAUAUUUACCAGUACAAUGGCACUUGGAGCGUGUCCCAUGAUUAGUACGCUACGGGUUUUGCCAGGGUAAGGUUUUAACUAGCACCCUCUCUAUUUAUGGACUAAGUUACUCUGAUCUGUACUUUGCUAUUGUGGAUAUUCUUUGGGCCUCAACUUUUACUGAACAGCAAGACCCAGAGGCAGCAAACCUGGCCUCUAUCCUAGUUUAAAUUAUGUGCCAAUAAAGGGGUUGUCCUAAAAACAUUUGAACAGUUUUUCAAAGGCAAGAUUAACAAAUUCCAGUGUAAUCCCCACCUAGAAAGAAUGUCAAUAUGCUUCUGGCACUGGUGUGUUAAAUGAAGUAUGCUUGGUUUGCUCAAAGGCAAAUUGUGCAAUUCAUUGCAAAAACGUGGAGGUACACUUUUUAAAUUACUAUUCAAAGACGGUGGUGGGGGCAGAAGUAGCAGUUUUAAAAACCUUCACCCAACUUGUAUAUAAAACGCAGGAGACAAAAUCCAUAGGAAUGUUUGAAAAACGGAGCCCAAUGACUAUGUUCCAGAAGCAAGUCUUGUCAAGCCUGGUUACUGGACUGCCAAAUGGGAGACUAAAGGGGUGGGGGUGUGUUGCACUCAGUGGUGUGACUGUAGCACUUUUAGGACAUACAAUGGCGCUGAAGCUGUGGCUAUACAAGCCCAUCCAGGGCUUGUGUCCUGCAACUUCACUGUGAACGUUAUUCAAGCUUGUGCUGCAGUCACAACUGACUGUAGUGUAGACAUACCCUGGGACUGGCGAUGCCUUUAGUAUGGGAUGUUGUACAGCCCUUCCCUCCUCCAGAAGUCACCUGCUAGUCCUUCAGAGCACAGGCAGACUGGAAGAUGAAGGGGUCUGCAAACAGAGUAAGCCGUGCUAAAGCAGGUUGUGAACGCUUAGUUGUGGCAAAGGUUAGGCCCGAAGCAAGUACCGAUUAGACAUUUACCUCAAGACAUGGGAUCCCUCCCCAGUGUGAGAAAACUGACAGAACACCAUUGGUAUCUGUCUGAAUUGAAAGCUAACUUUGUUUCCUUUCCGUCUUCAGUGGGUGUAAACAGACAUUUGAAGUGGCAAAUAUUACCAUUGUUUUCCUUUGCAUGUACAUAUCCAGCUGAGUUGGUUUAUGGGGACCAUUUGGUAUCUUGCUUCCUGUUAUAUGCUGUCUGCAGAAAAUGUUUUAGUUUUGUGUGUCGUAUUUUAUAAUUUGAGUUUUGUAUCUCACCCUUUGAAUAAAAUGAAGUGCCCAACAUUAA